AUGUCGAAAUCCAUGUUUCGAUCGCCCCAAGAUGACUCCUCUUCCUCAGAGUCAGGCUCUAUAUCUUCCGAAGAGGAGCAGGGGAACGGCCACACGCCUAGACAGGGUGGCAAUUCCAGCUCUGUUCAGGAGAUCGAGCCCACCAGUGGUAGCCUGGACACAGAGUCCGCGGCUGGAGAUAUACUAGGUGGAGGCGGCUCUCUCUAUGGGGACCUAGGCUUCCGUGAUAUCCCUGAUGUGGACGCUGAGGGCCAUGCAGCUCUCAUGACCGCCGCCCUGCUGGAGCACUACUGUUUGACCAAAGCCUGUGGCAUCCUGAACGAGCAGUCCGGUAGCCGUGGGCAGUAUACACUAGAUUCACCGGAAGUCAAACUUCUGGGGCGGCGUCUUUAUGCAUACCAAUCCAAGUUUUUGUCAUCUCACGGUAUCGUGGCUCCUGGAGUCGAUAAUGAUAACUGGGAGAGUACACGGCAGUACUAUAGGGAAGGUCUUGAUACCAUUGGUAUGGCAGCGUUGGAUGGGUUAGAUUUAAAUGCCAGAGCGGUGCAAACACCCAUAGAUACCCCUCAAGAUCCCUUCAUGGCACUGGGCGCAAAGGAGAAAGAUGCAGGCGGUGGUGGUAAUAGCAGGGUGUUUACAAUGAAACAGUCGACCAACAUUAGUCUCCAACGGCUGAUAACCGGUAGAGCAGAUGUUUCACAAAGUCAAAACCAGUUUUCUUCCGGGCUGUUGAAUCGUCUACAGCGUCAGGCCACCCCUCUCGCACGACCCAUUAGCAUACCGUUCCUGUAUUCUCACCCAUCGGGAGUGGGAGGGUCUCGGUACGCAACUGAGUUCGAAGAAGAAGCACUGAUCGGUAGAGGCUCCUACGGUGUGGUGUACAGAGUCAGACACCAUGUUGAUGGACAGGGUUAUGCUGUGAAAAAGAUCCCACUGAGCUCUAAGAAGCUACAGCAGUUGCGGGAGAGAGGCUUGAGGGAGGUAGACAAUAUUCUAAAGGAGAUUAGAACACUGGCAAAGCUUGAACAUAUCAACGUCGUUCGCUACUACGGAGCUUGGGCGGAAUAUUCACCUACCCCUGUGACCUCUCGAUCCUCUUCUCCUCCAAAACGGCAACAGACGCUCCUCAAUACUCCUUACGCUGAGUAUGACGGUAGUGCAUCUAGCUGUGGCAUUGUAUUCGAAGAAUCUGACCAUGGGGUUGUUUUUGAAGAACCGUCUGGCUCAUCGCUAGUACAAGAAUACGAACCUGAACCGUCUGUGGACAGAUUGUCUACCGGUGAUCAAGAUAGACGAAGAGGGAGCUUCGCAACAGUCUCCUCGGAGAGAUCCAUGAAGUCCUUCGUGGCCAGUGUCGAAGAAGAUGAAACAGAUACAAUCGAUGAAGAAAAUAUUGAAUCCAUUCCUCGCCAGCUGAGCUUUUCUUAUUCAGGGCAAACUUCUGCAAGUGAAUCCAGACCUGAUAUCUUUAGUGAUGGGCUGGGUGGCGGAGGCUCAAAUAUGCAACUUGAUAGAAAAUCUAGGUCCGAUACUGCGGCACCAGUAACACUACACAUCCAGAUGUCUCUCCACCCACUGAGUCUAGCGAAAUACCUUGCUCCACAAGUUGUCGGCAGUGCUACGAACGUACCUCGUCAUUGCUAUCACAUCAUACCAUCCAUCAAACUACUACUAGGAAUUGUCUCGGGAGUAGACUACCUUCAUGCGAAGGGAAUUGUUCAUCGAGAUUUGAAGCCUGCUAAUGUGUUUUUAUCUCCCUCGGAUACAGAACGGGAUAUACAUAUGUGUCCGACCUGUAGCUAUCAUGGACAUGACCACAAGAUCUACUACUCGGUUCCACGUAUCGGUGAUUUCGGCCUGGUUGCGGAGUCGCCUACGUACGGGAAGGGUACGGCCCCAGAAGAGCCUCAUCCCAUACCCGUCCGACCAGUUGGAACAGAGUUCUACCGUCCACCAGCCUAUUCAUUCAGCAUACAAGACUCGGCAGACCUACAUCUGUAUUCAGAUAAUUCACUUGACAUCUAUGCCCUGGGUGUCAUCUUGUUUGAAUUGCUGUAUAAGAUUGAUACCCGAAUGGAGAGACAGAUGGUUUUGUCAAAUCUGACCUGCUCUUCAAACAAUCUUCCACAGUUUGGGGAAUCUACCCGAGACAAGGAGCAAUGUUUGUGCCCUGCUCUUCCGGCUGACUUUGCAGAUAAGAUUACGCGCAGCUGUACCGAACACAAGUGUCCCAAAGACGACACGAAUGAUGAUGACAUUCCCAACGCAGCGAAUGAAAUUGCAAAACGUUUGGCAAUGUGCAUCAUGGGAAUGGUGGAGCUGGAUGUCCACCAUCGAUUGACCUGCAAGCAAGUCCGAGAAGAAUUGGAAGAGAUACAAGACCUGGCUGAGCGCCUAUUGAAGGAAAGAUGA